GAGAGUGAGUACAUCGCAUUACCAUUUGGUGUUUAUAAACAAUGGGGGUCAACUUGGCCGUGUUACAGGUGUCUCUGUCGGAGUCGGGAUCGAAAACCCUAAACUGAAAAUUGAAUCGACAGCAUGCAGCAGGGCGGAGGAUCUGAGACUGAAGUGACAUGGGAGGACCAGCAGAACAUCAACAAAUUCGAAAGGUUGAAUAAUCGCUUUCACGAGCUUGAGGAUGAGAUCAAAAUCGCUAAGGAAACAAACGAAAAUUUGGAGGAUGCGAGCAAUGAGUUGAUUCUCACAGAUGAAGAGAUGGUUCGGUUUCAAAUAGGGGAGGUUUUUGCUCAUGUACCAAAGGAUGAAGUUGAGAACAGGAUAGAACAGAUGAAAGAGGUAACAAGCCAGAAACUGGAAAAGAUUGAAGCGGAGAAAGAGUCUGUACUUUCUCAGAUGUCUGAACUGAAGAAAAUUUUGUAUGGGAAGUUCAACGACUCGAUCAAUCUUGAGGAGGAAUAGUAACUUUCUUCUUGUUCAUAGAUUUUUAGGUUUUUUUUGUUAAUAUGACCUAAUGGACCUUUGGCUUUUAUUGAGUCAGAUUGUCUCUCUCUUUCAAUUUUAGAAUGUUGUCUGGCUUGAACCUCC